AUGUGGCAUCCAAAUAUUUAUGAAAAUAGUGAAGUGUAUAUAUCAAUUUUACAUCCUCCAAUUGAAGAUUCUCAAUCAGGUGUUGAUGGAGGUCGAGGGCGAAACCAACAAUCCAGAAGAGGAAAUAGUCGCUCCGACUCUCAUACGUUCGCUGGGCGAGGACUUCUUGCUCCAGCAAUAAUUAAUGAAGCAAAUAUUCGAUUAACUGAAGAAGAACAUCAAUUAUUAAAAUUGGGACCAAAAUUUAUAUUUAAUGACCCAAAGACAGCAGCUCGUCGACGUAUAACCGAGUUGGCUAUUUUAAAAUGUAAAAUUGAAAAAUGUUUUCUUCGUAAAAAAGUUUGCCCCGGUCGUCCGCUUCAAGAAUUUAUAGCUGAAUUAGAUGUUCUUCUUCAAGUAUUACAUAAUGUUCCAACAAUAGAUAAAAAUAUAAAUAAAGAUAAAUUAUUUGGUAAUGAAGCUAAUCAAAAUAAAAAUAUCAUUGAAUUAAUAAAAUUAUUUAAAAUAAAUUCGAGGUUCGAACUGGGUUUCAAGUGAUUUAAUAUUAUUUAGCGGUAAUACUAUUUAGUGUUUGUCUUAAUUAAUUAAUACAAGUGUUGAAAUUUUACAUUAGCCAAUUUAGUAUUGUAGUUUUGUAUUUUUAUCAACCUUUUAUGUAUUUGUAUUUUUAUCAGUUGAUAAUUUAUUGUGUUUCUAUAAAAAUUUUUGUGUGAGUAUUUCCAAUAUUAGCUUUAAAUUAGUUAUAACUAUAAUUUUUUAUAUUAUCGCGUAGCUCUCAUUUUAAAAUUUUGGAAACUAUCAACAUAUUUGUUUUUUAUGUCACUACCAAGCUUUCAUUAUAAUUAUUGUUAUAUUUGUGUCUUAAACGUAGUUAAAGUUAAUUAGCUUCUACGUAUGAUAUGAAUUGUUUUAAUAUCUGUGUUUUUGUAAUGUAGAGUCCUGAUGAAUGUUUCAUUACUUCAAUAAAAUGAACAUGAAACGCGUUGGCGAAAUUAAACUCUGCAUUUUCAUUUUAUUAUUUCAUGAGGCACGCAUUUCCAAUUUGUCAAAUUAAAUACGACUUCAUCCGUUGCUGAAAAGCAAGAGCUGAGACUAGCAAAUUGAUUUGUAUCUGAGAGAUAUGGAUUGAUCUGUUUCUAUCUGAUUUACCCACUUCUACUGUGAGUGAAGCUGCUUUAGGUUUUAUCCUCAAAGUAGUUUUUUCAGGUAUCAUGUUUGGAUUCAAAUGUUCUUUGGAUCUCAUACAACUGGUACUGAGGCCACUUGAUAAGAUUGAGGAUUUUGAAACAUCAGAAAUAAUCAAUUAGGUUAUCGUGGUAACUUAUACACACUCGCACCCACACCCACACCCCAUACCGCCGAAUUCCAGAAAAAAAUGGAAUUUAAAAAUGCAGAAAAAAAAUGGAAUUUAAGAAUGCAGAAAAAAAUGGAAUAAGCAGAAAAAACUGAAAGUUAAAAAUGCAGAAAAAAAUGAAAUUUAAAAAUGCAGAAAAAAAUGGAAUAAGCAGAAAGAACAGAAAAAUAGCAGAAAAAAUGGAAUUUAAAAAUGCAGAAAAAAAUGAAAUUUAAAAAUGCAGAAAAAAUGGAAUAAGCAGAAAGAACAAAAAAAUAGCAGAAAAAAUGGAAUAAGCAGAAAGAACAGAAAAAUAGCAGAAAAAUCUACCAAAAGCAGAAUUUUUCUGCUGAAAGAAGAAAAGAUAGCAACACUACUUCUAAUAGAACUAGCUGAAUAAUGAGUCAUGAUAGUCUUUUUGCGAUGUUCGAGUCUAACCAGUGCAUCCCAUUGGAACAACAGUUGUCUCAAAUGGAAGCAAGUUUAACACCGCAUUGCAAUAGCCACUUGAUGGACAUUUGUACCCAAAACCUAUAACAAUUGCUUUUCCAACGAUCGGUGUGAAGUGGCCGUCCAUGCAAUUAUCUGGAUCGGGCAUACCCCUUGCCGUGUAAGUAAGGAAGUUGAAGUUGGCGAUCUCACUAUACCAACUGCCGACUAUCUGUGUACCUAUGUUAACACGAAGAUUGUUAGCGGAGUCAUAACACAGAGUUCAUCUGAGAAUACGGUACUGACAAAUCAAGAGGAACAACAGCAGAAGAGACAUGGGUAUUGAGAAGUGCAGAAUUCAAACUAAUCACUUUGCAGAGCGAGAAGGGUACGAUAUCUGAGUAAAUUUGCUUGACCAUCUCUCAAGGAGGAUCAAUAAAUAUCAACAGAAACGUUUUUAGAGAUAGUCAUACGGGAAUGAAAUAUGAAACACGAUGGAUCCUUCAAUUUCCUAAACGAGAGCCCUAAUUACAUUGACCGUAUUAUCCGCGAAAGUCCAAUCAAUGAACGUAUCGAAAACAUUAAAGUGUGUUUCAUAAGUUUCGAUCUCUUUUUGUUUUUUUCCUAUCUAUCCCAUAUUCCAUCGUGGAUAGAUAUUGAGUAUAGAUUCUUGAAGAGCAACAUCUAAGCUAUCAAUCAAAAAGAAAUGUAUUCAAUUUGCAUGAGUUGUACGAGAGAACCACAUCGAUAAAAAGUUUGAAAAAAUUUGGUUAGAUGCACUUUUUGGUUCUUGUCUAUCCAGAUUAAAAUCUAACACCACCAUUCGAUAGCAAGUAUUGUUCUCUAUCGAUCUACGCAAGGUUAAUAUUUCUAUGUUGUUCCAUUCCGGAUAUAUAAGGAUUUUCAAGAAACUCCCUUUUUGGGGCCAUCUGAUUACUUAUCAUUCCAAGAUGUCUCCAUAAAGGGAUAAUCAGACAUACUGAGUCGACCAGUGAUGUUUGUUUUUUGUUUCAAAACGAUCUGACAUGUUUAUAGUGAAUUUUUUCACAUAUGAUAUUUUCUCACGAUAGGACUAAAAAAAGCUAUGUUGUGAGAAACAGCCUAAAAACAUGUCAGAUUGCUUUGAAACGAAAAACAAAUAUCACUACUCGAUUCAGCAUGCCCGAUUAUCCCUUUCUGGAGACAUCUUGAGAUGAUAAGUGAUCAGAUGGCCCAAAAAAGAGAGUUUCUGGAAAAUCUUUAUAUCUCCUGUCUUUUUGAUUGAUAGUUUAGACGUUGCUCUUCAAGAAUCUGUACUCAAUAUCUGUCCACGAUGGAAUAUGACAAAGAUAGAAAAUGAACAAAAAAGGGAUCGAAACUUAUGAAACACUCUUUAUGCUCAUUCUACCUAUUUGUGACAUGUUUGACGGAUAGGGUAUGUGAGAUUGGUUCACUUAACCUGUUCGAUACUUUAAGACUAAUUGAGAGGUUUCACUACAUCACUGACCAAACUGUUCGAAGAUGAAAUUCCAGUUUCGAUCUAAUGUUUCUAGUUCUAGAGAUCAUAGUAUGUCAAAACAAAUGGCAAAACAUCCAUAUCUCAUUAUGAAGACAAGCUUCAGAUGAACAUGAUAGCGGACACGCGUAUAUCGUUCGAUCUCCGAAAUUAGUUCUUUUCUCUAAUUUCUCAUGUGUGUCCCAUUUGUAAACCAAAUUUUGCCCAAAUCUAAAAUUACGUUGUACCAUUCGAUAGGGGAUUUUCAACUAGAG